ACUGAUACAUGUAUAUAUAUUUUAUAAAUAUGUUGUGUAUUUUUAAAGGAGACUUGAGGUACUAGGCAUAACACAGAAUAUAUGUAGUUUGAAUCAUAAUGCUGCUCUCCACUCAAUAUUUAUGAUGCAUGCUAUCGGAAACUGAUUGCGGGAAUUCAAUCAAUAUCAUUGCAAUUAAAAUGUCUGCAAGUGUUUUUGCCUUCAUUAUCGCUCUGUUUGUUUGUCAUAUACAAAACAAUUUGACAGACAAACAUCCGAGUGGGAUAUGCAAAAGAACACGCACAGGUGUAGAAUGUUGCACAGAUUAUGUAAAAGAUGGUAACAAGUGUCUUCGUUGCCUGGGAUCGUUUGGACCACAAUGCAGUAAGAAAUGUUUGCCUGGAUUUUAUGGAUUCGGCUGUAAAAUGAAAUGUACAUGUGGUGUGUGUGAUAGAUUUAACGGAUCGUGUUUGGAAGGUGUCGGGGCAGCAGAUUAUCCAGUGCCAAUAUUCAAAGAACAGAAAUGAAAUCGAGCGGAACCACUUACCAUGUUUAUGAAACAGCAUAUCAAGAGAGAUAUGUCUGAUAAGAAAAUACGUAGUUAUGCAAUACCCUUAGUCUACCUUGAACAACCUUUAAGUUAGUUUUCUAACAAUCAUAACAAUGCAUAAAAGGAAACCCAUGGACCUAAACAGUCACCUGUGUAUUAUACAACACAUAUUUACAUUGGUGACCGGAGUAUUAUACAACAACAAGAGUACUGCAAACGGUACAUAAUACGCCUGUGAAAAUGCUUACAUACAGUGUUUUUCUUAAGCCAUAAUUUGUAGAACUUUGCUUCAGGUAGUACCAGCCAUCAUCAGGCUGUGGCAUACUUUUGUUGAAUUGUAUGAAUAAAGGGUCUUAGCUUAAAACUGUGCAAAGAGGUAAAUAGACAUUAAACCAAGAGUUCUGUGUGUAAAAUAUAUCCCCAAAUUUGACCAAGUUCAACAACCGGUAAAUAUUUAAAACAUUUAAGAAACUUUUUAAAUUAAAAAGUGUUGAGAAUCAAAAUCCUUGCACUAUGCACAUCUUCAAGUUAUUAACAAAGACCCUGACUUCUAAAUGUGAAAGGAGUUAAAAGGACAAGUCAUAUCCUUUAUUUAAUACAUAUCAUCAAAACGGACUAAGUCCAACAACCUGUAAUUUUCUCAAAAAUUGAAGAAAAUCAAAAUUCUUGCCACAUGCACAUCUUCCAUACCCAUACAAGAACUCUGUAAAACAAGAUAGUCCUCUCUUUAAAAUUGUGAGAGGAGUUAACUGGACAAAUUAUGUACCUUCCAUAUAACAAUUACAUGUAUCUUAAGAUAAAGGAGUAAAACUCUGCAAGAGAGGUCGAAAUGGAUCAAAAUUGCAACAUUAUCUAGAGUGAUCCACAAAGAAGCUACAUAGCAAGUUUCAGCUUGAUAUGUGACAAAAAAAAAGAAA